UCACGAGGUGGGGUAAUGGAUACCACGCACGGUAAUGACAGAUAAUGAAGAUUACCCUUAACAAACAGAAAUCAGUAUUUAUGAGACAGGCAGAAGAAAAGAAGGCCGUAACCUUGCAUUAAGGGUGAAACACAUACACAAAGCUGGCUUUGAAAUGUUGAUUGGCCCAAAAAUUGACAAGUCGAAACUACAACAAAGAAGAAAAUGUUUCAUACAAAGUUUCUGAUUGCCUAAAAUGGCUGUUACUGGCAUACUAUUGGGCACUGUAUAAGAUCAAGUAAUGGUAUCAGUCUUUACUAUCAGACCAGACCAACUAAAAUUGCAUGAACAAGGAAAAUAGGUAGACAAGAUGUAUGAGUAUAUCAAAAAUCAAGUAUAAUUGCGUACAUACCAAAGAUCGUGCAAUGAUUAUUAAAAAAGUCAGAAACUAGCAAUUAAAUGUAACAAAUUGGAUUACAGCUACAAAAACAUUUCGAUAACUUCGAUAAUAAAAACGUGUGUAGGAGGAAUUUUAAAAAGUUAAAAGCCCGGAAGAAAAAAUAAUUGAAACUGUCCAAGCUAGACCAAUCUACUCUCUACCAGAGGAUCAUCUUCCUGGAUAUUUUUUACCAUGGGAAAAACUCGGCAAGAAUGCCGCCCAACUUAUGGCAUCGCGGAAACUUAGAAGUGAAGUGUACAAAUUGCCACUCCUAGAUUUUCACCUACUGAACGGACAGGAGGAGUAUUGUCUGGCCCAUACACUGUUGGCUACGAUUGCCCAUUGUUUUGUGUGGCAAGAUAAUGACAUACCCAAGAUUCUUCCAAAGGCAGUCGCCAUUCCAUGGUUCCACAUUUCCCAGUAUUUGGGCCUCAACCCAGUCUAUUGUUACCUGGACUGCGUUCUAGCUAUGGGGAGGAAGGUGGACCCGAACAGGGAAUUAGAUCUGAGCAACCUGGAGGUGAUUUGCCCCGCCCCUGGAAGUCCACACACAGAUUGGUUUUCACUGGUUUUAAUCCAGGUGGAGCUUGACUUCGCUAAAGGAAUCCAGGAUAUCGUUGACAUCUACGACUCUAUGGACUCUGAGGAUGAGAGGAGGCUGAUAUUGGGAUUAAAAGGCAUCGAAAAUACCGUGCGCCGUAUGCAGCAAACUACCACCAGAAUGUACGAGAGGCUUGAUCCAGCAGUGUUUUAUAAUGUUCUGAGACCAUUUUAUGAAGGCUGGGGAGCCCACAGCAAACUGCUUCCUGAGGGUUUGAUUUUUGAAGGCAUAAGCGACACGCCGUUACAGUUUGUAGGCGGCAGUGCAGCACAGAGCUCCACUAUACAGGUCUUGGACGCAGUGCUGGGAGUUGAACACUCAGAAGAUGCGGACCGUUAUCUGAAGCAAAUCAGGGAGUAUAUGCCAGCCGGACACAGGGAGUUCCUAUACACCGUUGAAACUGGGCCAUCCCUGAAGACUUACGUUCAGCAGUCCCAGCACGAUGGAGUGAAAACAGCGUACAACCAGUGCUUGAAGGCCUUGGUGGACUUUCGAACAUCUCAUCUCCUAGUGGCAGUAGACUACGUUCUUAAACCGUCACAAAACAAAGAAGAACGCCAACACCACUCGGCUCAGGGGACAGGAGGGACAAAUUUCGUGUCAUUUCUGAAAUCAACACGUGGUCGGACAGUUAGGAGUGUUCUUCAGCUAGAUGGCGACACGCCGGUUGUCAAUAAAGAACUCAAUAUAAACACGUAACGUAGGACUACACAAAAAUGAAAAAGUAUCCCAUCUACUGGCGUCAUUACACACCUGAAGGAAACUUGGUGCCAGUCGCUUGCCUUUUAUUAAUGCGCCUUUUUAAGUAGUGAUGUAAGCGGUGUUAAGUGACUACGUGAGAGUAAUUUAUGUGUUGACACUUCACAAACAUUAGAGUACUAAGAUCUCUUGAAUAUAAUCAGAAUUGACAUGCCGUUUCUGAUAAAAAAGCACGUUUUGUCAGUCAGCGUCAGGCCACUAGAACCCCGGGAGGCAUAUAAAGGUCAGAGGUCAGGACAUACAUUGUAUCAUAAGAGAUCAGAGGUCGGGACACAGGCAUACAAAUGACAGGACAUAUAUUGCAUACAGAGGUCAGAGGUCAUGACAUACACUGUGGCAUACAGAGGUCAUGACAUUGUGGCAUACAAGGUCAGAGGUCAUGCAUAUAUUGUGGCAUACAGAGGUCAUGACAUACAUUGUGGCAUACAGAGGUCAUGACAUUGUGGCAUACAAGGUCAGAGGUCAUGCAUAUAUUGUGGCAUACAGAGGUCAUGACAUACAUUGUGGCAUACAGAGGUCAUGACAUUGUGGCAUACAGAGGUCAUGACAUACAUUGUGGCAUACAGAGGUCAGAGGUCAUGGAAAUGGCAGAGGAUGAUGACCCAAUCACUAGUAGUAUGAUGUUCCCUAAGUUUGACAAGUGUAUAAAGAGAAAUAAUAUUUUAUCAUUAGUUUUAUUCUCAGUGGUAAUUUUUAAAGAUUUGUGCCUUUUAAUACAUUUUAAAAAUACUGAUAAUGACAGGCCAUUUUCUGUUUCAGAUAUAUCUUGCUGCCAUUGAACUGCCUGUUGUAUUGUGUAUAGUUUUAAUGUCAAAUCAAAUAUUCAUGGGUUGUAUUUUUGUCCGACAAGGAGAACCAUAAUAAAUGUUGAGCAUAGA